AUGUGCUCAUCCGAAGCUGGUUAUGUGACAAUUCCUCGAUGGGAAAAAACGUAUUCUAACGGAUCUGGGAUAACAAAGAGAAUGGGAUACCGAGACUGGAGAUGGCUUGCUCUCUGGUGGCAUCAUUUCUUUCUCUUCUGGAGUACAACAGACGGACAGACUCGUUACAGCAUACCAGAGGAACUAAAACAGGGCUCUGUGGUUGGAAAUCUAGCCAAAGAUCUGGGUUUGGGACUAUCUGACAUUUUUGACCGUAAGCUGCGUGUCGCCUCUGAGGCUGGUGAGCAGUAUUUCAGUGUGGAUGCGGGGAAGGGCGAGCUGGUGGUGAAUGACAGAAUAGACAGAGAGGCUUUAUGCGGACAAAGCGCCAGCUGUGUUCUACCUCUGCAGGUUGUAAUAGAGAACCCGCUACAUCUUUAUCGAAUAGAGGUAGAAAUAAGAGACGUCAAUGACAAUUCCCCUAGUUUUCUCAGCAAAGAAAGAAAUUUAAAAAUUGCGGAGCUGACAGCAGUCGGUGCGCGUUACCCUUUGGAGACCGCACAGGAUCUCGACGUGGGUAGUAACUCCCUAAAGUCGUACAGUCUAAGCAAAGAUGAAUGUUUUAGUUUGAAAAUUAAAGAGUUGGCUAAUGGAAGGAAAGUGCCAGAGCUUGUUUUAGAGAAACCGCUUGAUAGAGAAAAACAAAAUGUCCAUCAGUUACUGCUGACUGCGUUAGAUGGGGGAAAUCCUGUCAAAACUGGAACAUCAAAGAUUACAGUCACCGUCUUAGACAACAACGACAAUGUUCCAGUUUUCAAACAUGCAUUAUAUAAAAUAACUUUGCCUGAAAAUAGUCAAAGUGGUUUCAUGCUAGUAAAGGUAGAAGCAACAGACGCAGACGAGGGUGUUAAUGGAGAAAUUGAAUACUCAUUUGCUGAGCAUACACCAGAUGUAUUGUUGUCUAUUUUUCAGAUAAACUCGGCAACAGGAGAAGUUUUCCUUAAAGGGCAAUUAGAUUAUGAAACCGUUGCAACACAUGAAAUAGAUAUUACCGCAAAAGAUAAAGGAAUUCCUGAAAUGGAAGGUCAUUGCCGUGUGCAAGUGGAGGUAAUAGACAUAAAUGAUAACGCUCCUGAAAUUGUUCUAACUUCAAAACCGAGCCACGUUCCCGAGGACGCACCCAGUGGCACAGUAGUGGCUUUGCUCACUGCGCGGGACCUUGACUCCAGUGACAAUGGAAAAGUGACAUUGCAACUUACCAAAGAUUCCCCUUUAACUCUCAAGCCUUCAUUUUCUAAUAACUAUGCGCUGGUUACAAAAGGUGGUCUAGACAGAGAACGUUUCUCACAGUAUAGUAUUGAGAUAACAGCCACUGAUUUAGGCUCUCCUCCUCUGUCCUGUAAGAAGACUAUAAAUGUCAGCAUCACUGAUGUGAAUGACAACCCUCCUGUCUUCACUCAGCCCUCCUAUAAUGUAUAUUUAAAAGAGAACGGGGUACCAGGGUCUAUACUGUACUCAGUAUCAGCAUCUGACCUGGAUUUUGGUGAAAACGCCAAAAUCUCUUACUCUAUACUGGACUCUAAAGUGCAGGACGUUUCUGUCUCAUCUUAUGUUUACAUUAACUCAGAUAACGGCAGCAUCUACAGCAUGCACUCGUUUGACUAUGAGAAACUGAAGGUGUUUCAGAUUCAGGUUCAGGCAAAGGACCAGGGCUCUCCGUCUCUCAGCAGCAACGCCACCGUCCAUGUUUUUAUCCUGGACCAGAACGACAAUGCCCCCGCUGUUAUUUACCCCUCCUCCGCUGCCCUGGGCUCCCUCUCUCACCAGAGGAUGCCCCGCUCCGCUAAAGCGGGUCACCUGGUCACAAAGGUGACGGCCGUGGACGCUGACUCGGGCCAUAACGCCUGGAUCUCCUACAGACUGGCGGAGGCCACAGACGCCUCUCUGUUCACUGUCAAUCUGUACACAGGGGAGGUGAGGACUAAACGCGCUGCGUCCGAGCAGGACGACUCCUCUCAGAGGCUGCUUAUAGAGAUCAAGGACGACGGGGAACCGGUCCAGUCCUCCACCGUCACGGUGUCCAUCCUGCUGGAGGACGGCCUCCAUGAGCCCAUCUUAGACCUCCGACAGAAAGCGGCCGAGCCCAGCAAGAAAACUGGGAGAAUCACCCUUUAUCUGAUUCUCUCUCUGGCCUCGGUGUCCGUGCUGUCUCUGCUGACUUUUCUCAUCUUAGCGGUUAAAUGCAUCAGGAACAGCAGAAGCAGCGGUAGUUGCUGCACGAGACGGAGCGACUGUGAUGAUUACAAGAACCCCAACAGAAACCUGCAGAUACAACUCAAUACUGACGGACCUAUAAAGUACGUGGAGGUCCUGGGAGGAGACAUGUUGUCUCAGAGUCAGUCCUUCAGGUCCUGUAUGUCUCCGAUGUCAGAGUACAGUGAUUUCACUUUGAUUAAACCCAGCAGCACCACUGACUUUAAGGAGGUGAUCAGUGUCCUGGAUGCGUCUUUACCCGACAGCACCUGGACCUUUGAGAGCCAGCAGCCCUCCUAUAAUGUAUAUUUAAAAGAGAACGGGGUACCAGGGUCUAUACUGUACUCAGUAUCAGCAUCUGACCUGGAUUUUGGUGAAAACGCCAAAAUCUCUUACUCUAUACUGGACUCUAAAGUGCAGGACGUGUCUGUCUCAUCUUAUGUUUACAUUAACUCAGAUAACGGCAGCAUCUACAGCAUGCACUCGUUUGACUAUGAGAAACUGAAGGUGUUUCAGAUUCAGGUUCAGGCAAAGGACCAGGGCUCUCCGUCUCUCAGCAGCAACGCCACCGUCCAUAGGCUGCUUAUAGAGAUCAAGGACGACGGGGAACCGGUCCAGUCCUCCACCGUCACGGUGUCCAUCCUGCUGGAGGACGGCCUCCAUGAGCCCAUCUUAGACCUCCGACAGAAAGCGGCCGAGCCCAGCAAGAAAACUGGGAGAAUCACCCUUUAUCUGAUUCUCUCUCUGGCCUCGGUGUCCGUGCUGUCUCUGCUGACUUUUCUCAUCUUAGCGGUUAAAUGCAUCAGGAACAGCAGAAGCAGCGGUAGUUGCUGCACGAGACGGAGCGACUGUGAUGAUUACAAGAACCCCAACAGAAACCUGCAGAUACAACUCAAUACUGACGGACCUAUAAAGUACGUGGAGGUCCUGGGAGGAGACAUGUUGUCUCAGAGUCAGUCCUUCAGGUCCUGUAUGUCUCCGAUGUCAGAGUACAGUGAUUUCACUUUGAUUAAACCCAGCAGCACCACUGACUUUAAGGAGGUGAUCAGUGUUCUGGAUGCGUCUUUACCCGACAGCACCUGGACCUUUGAGAGCCAGCAGGUGAGCAGAAAACAACAGGGCAAUAUGUAA